AUGGCUGGAACUGAGAACACCAGUAGCACGUCAUCAGAUCUUUGGCCAGAAGAUCUGUACACCGCUUUGGUUAGCGCCUCGACGUAUCAGAUGAUAGUUCUCGUCAAUAUAAUUCUCUCUAGCAUCGUCAGCCCGUUUGGUAUCGUCUUUAACAUCGUCAGUAUCAUCGUCUUCAUCAAACUUGGCUUUAACGAGAGCACCAACAUCUCCCUCGUCAGUCUCGCUGUGUCCGACAUCGCCAUUCUCCUGACGUUGGUUGGUCUAACGGUCAACAGCAACCCAAUGGUUGAACAAGCAGCCGCGAGCCACGAUACACUCAAUGCAGUUGGCUACAUUGCUCUGGGUUGGCCAAAUGUUCUGGCAACCCGGAUAACGGGUUGUCUGACAACCUUCUUGGCUUUUGAAAGGUUUGUGUGCGUGGCCUGGCCCCUGAAGGUGAAGACACUACUCACCAGGAAAACAGCCAUCAAGUUUUCUGUCGGGUUGUACCUUCUGACAAUGGCCUACGCCAUCCCUGUGUUUGUAGGCAACAGCAUCGGUCUGAGGUUCAACCCCAUGUCAAACCAAACCUCUGUUGGACUUAUCGUAUCAGAGAAAAGCGACGUCCUGGAGGGCGUAUCCCGAAGUAUAAAUAUAAUCAUCGAGUUCACGUCCUUCACCCUUGUCACUGGGUUCACUUCCGCUCUGAUAUAUUCCUUUAAAAUCACGACAAAAUGGCGAAGUCUGUUUUCUUCUGCUGCUAGAAACAACCAGCUAUCACAUCGUGACCGGAAGUUGGUCAAAAUGGUUCUAAUAAUAUCCAUCGUUUUCAUUGGUUGCUCUGUUCCUAACGUCACAGCCGAUGUGGUCAUACUGUUGGUCAAAGAUUACAAUAUGGAAGGUCGUGAACGGAAUCUAUUUUUAGCUACCAGCGCCAUGUUUUUCAAUAUGGUUGCCAUCAACUCUAGCAUGAACAUUUUCAUCUACCUGAAGAUGAGCUCCAAGUUUAGACAGGCCUUCUUGGCCAUGUUCUCUGGUAGAAAAUCACCAACACAGAACACGCUGUGA